CCCAUUGAAUAAAAGGUAAUCGUCUGAUUUAAACCGCGCUCCCUGCGGAUGAAACAGAUAUUACAUCAUUCUACAAUAACAGCUGCGUUGCUCAUGGUAACGGAUUCCAAACAAAGUGAAAAACACACGCAACUGUGAAGAGGCUGCACUCGAGAAAGUGUGAGAUAUUUAGGGUUAAGAGUUAACCUGCAGUUCCUGACCAGGUAAAAUGAGCUCACCUUUGUCGAUGCUGAAGAAAACGAGGCGCACUCCACUGCAGGGCCCUCUGAAUGAGCAAUGGGGAGGACAAAAAGUGUCUUUCAGGAGGAAUCUGAUAAAAGAAUUUCAGACGGCAUUAACUGAAGACGAUGAAACCUCGGAUGUCAAAGCUUCGUUGACCUCUCACAUGGCAACCAAUGAUGCCUGCAAGUCAAAAGCCCUAUUGAAGAAAGGUAGUGCACCAAGCGACUUUGAGCUAAUGUCUGCCAUGAUGCAGCGGGUGAGCAUGCUGGAGAAAAAAGUGAUGAGUCAAGCACGGGAGAUCGAGAGAAAGGAUGAAAGGAUUACAGUGUUGGAGAAAAAAGAGGGACUUCUGAAAGAAUCAGAGGGUUCUCUUCGUCCUGGUGGCAGAGACUAUCUUGAGAGAAGAUGCCAACAGCUGCAAAAUCAAGUACGAGAAAUGGAUAGCUUUCUGAAUGACUAUGGUUUGAUCUGGGUGGGAGAUAGUGAGAGCAGUGACUCUGCCAAGAGUGAGCAGCCACAUAACUUAGAGCGAGGCCUCUGGCAGCCAGACACAUCUGUAGUCAGCAGCUUCCACAUGAACUUUGACCUGGUGCUGCAGAGCGUCAAGGAGCUGAACAUCCUGGGAGGAGAGGGAGAGUGUUUUGUUCAAUCGACACCCACGGGGGCACACUUAGCAAAAAAGGAUCCUGUUCAACUGAGUCUCUACAGCAACGGCAUUGUCAUGUUUGACGGUCCUUUCCGCUCUUAUCAGGAGCACAGCACCCAGCGGUGCAUGCAAGAUCUGAUGGACGGGUAUUUCCCGUCUGAGCUUCAAGAAAGAUUUCCAGAUGGUGUGCCUUUUGAGGUUCAUGACAGGCGAGAUGAGGGUUUUAUCACCAGGCUGCCAUGGAAUAAUUUUCCAGGCGAAGGAAAGGCUGUUCGUGGGGAGAAAGAUGAAUCAUCCAAUACUGUCAGCUCUCAGUUACCUGGCAAGAAGUUGAGCGUGGAUCAGUUCCUGAAUAGGUUACCGAAGGCAGUGGUUAAGGCUGGCCGUGUGGUUGAUAUCAGGGACUCCCUGAGGGCCGCUCUACAGGGUUCAUCUACUGCUGAGAGCAGCAGCUCAAUGAUCCUCAUAGACACGCCGGCCCUGAAAGCGAUGAAAGAGAGAAUGCAGACGUCUAGUUCUGAGCGGCCUUCUUCCCCCAGUGAUGUCAUCACAAUGAAAGUGAAGUCAGAAGACGGGAAUCAUACUUACGUACUGAAAAUGUGCUUCUCAGAAACAAUCGGCCAUCUGCGGCAGUAUCUGGACAAACACAGAGGGGGUGGUCUCACUGGUUAUGACAUCAUCAGUGCGUACCCACAGCGCCGCUACGAUGACGACCGCCAGACGCUCCGAACAGGUGGCCUCACGACUAAUGCUUCUCUGCUGCUGCGGAAGAGGCAACAGCAGCCUCAUUCACUGACUGAAGUCAAUAAAAUAAUAUGAUGAAAGGUUAUGCAUUAGCCUUUUUUUUCGUAGCAGAAAUGUUGGCUCGUCGAAGAGCACAGCUGUUUAGUUACCUUAAUGUUUGCUUUGUUUUAUGCAAGCAUCCCAGUAAGGCAGGAAAGUGAACCAGCAGGCACCCUAACCCCUGCCUGGGAUCAUUUCAUGUUACGUAACAUGAGGACAGGGAUUUCCAUGUCUCUGAAAGUGGGUGGUCCAGCGUGACUGAAUGCAUGUAACCAAUACCGGAAACAACAUUUUUUCACUGGCCAAGGAAACAGUACGAGUAAUAGUUCCCGUCAUGGUCCAUUCCCGAUCUGCUCGUAAAACACUUCACGGCUGGUACAAAUCCAGUAUAUUGGAUCACUACAUCAUUAGUCAUUAAAAGCUGGAACUUGUGCGUUUCUGCACAGAAGGUAUGAAAAUACUUGUAGUUAUAUUGUUUUAAAUCAAAUACAUUAAAAACAAAUUGAAACACAUGGCAAAAUGUUGAAAAUCUUUAUUUCUAAAAUAUGCAAAUACAAACAAGGACCAAAGUAUGAAAAUAUAAACAUCUUUUUCCCUUUUUGCAAAACGUUUGAGAUGUUAAGGCAUGCGGAGCUGGACUUUCCAAAGAGACAACUUGUGCUACUCAAGUUUCUAAAAAGGUCCCAUGAAAUGAAUAAUGGCUUGUGUGUGUCCCUGGGUGUUGAUCUGUAUCAU